CAUUGAUAUAGCUGUUGAAAAGUGAUAAUAUGAAAAAGUGAUAAAUGAUCAUUUAUAAUUGUUACGGCCCUGAUCAAUGAGUGAACACAGGCCGCUAAAUGCGCAAUGAGUUAGUAAUCGAAGUAGACAAUGGCAACUGAAAAUCAUUUUGAAAACUUGAAAAACGUCUUGAAUUUGUUGUUAUAAAAAAUAUAUUGCAUUGUGAGAACUAUUAGUUUAAAAAGAAUUUGCAUAGUUUAAAGGUAGGCUGUUGUCAUAGAAGAAAAGGGAGAAACAGAACAUUUAUUUUACUUUUAGUUCGUAACCGUUACUCUGUACUGAGAAGACAGGAAGAUUGGGGGAAAAAUAUAAGGAAAAGGAAAAACCAAAUUUCUUUGAGUGUGACAUAAAUAUCAUACUACAUCGAGUGGUUUUUUAUUCAAUAUGCUGCCCCGAACACCCCCAACAUUUUCUCAAAGAAAUUUGCCCGUGAUGACGCGCUUUCCUUGUUGCGACCGAGACGAACAGUAUGACGAUAUGGUGGAAUGUGGCCGAUGCACAAAAUGGUACCAUUAUUCAUGUGUCGGAGUGAACCAGAGCGUAGCGGAGCUAGCAUGGUUCUGUAAGAAGUGCCUCGGAGAGGACUUAUCGACUCAUGAGUUGUUGGGGAAACCGGGAGCGUCCCGCAUCCAACCAUUCCGAGCAGCAAAAACAUCGAAGAGUAAUAAGGAGCAUUCUGGCCAGUCUGAAGGUGUAAAUGUUGUAAAAACAUGUUCGAAUCGUUCAGUGCAAAGCCAAACGGCUUAUAGCAGCGCAGCAUCAAGUAAGAAUAGUCGCAAAGGUGGAAGUAUUAAAUCGACAGGAUCCAAACAAGACCUAGCUGUGAAGCGGAUUGAAGAACUUAUGGAAAAGAGCCGCCUGGAGACAUUAGCGGAGGAGAAUCAGCUAAAGAUUUUGGAACUGAAACAGAAACAGAUAGAACGUAAGAAGCAGGAAAUGGAUGAACUGCUACAGCUGUCGAAAGUGAUCGAAGAGGACUCUGAAGACGAAGAAAAAGAAGAUAACGUUGGUUAUAGAAAGAGGAUAGGAGAGUGGAUAUCACAGUGCGAGAAAGUGCAUCCUGUUAUGCCGCAGUUUGCUGAUGAUGAGAAAAAUCCAUCUGGAGAGUUUUCAACAAGAUUUUCUGUAGUACCGUCGAGAGACAGCGAGGGAGAACGGGAAAGAAGAGAUCAUUUCCAAAUGAGGAGCUCUAGCUUGAUAGAAGUUCCUUCAAAACUACAAAUUGCUUCGCGACAGGUUUUUCCGAGGAGUUUACCGACGUUUUCAGGGCGUCCAGAAGAUUGGCCGUUAUUCAUCAGCGCAUAUGAGCAGGCGAAUUUGUCAUGCGGAUUCACCAAUGCUGAGAAUCUUGUAAGGCUGCAGGAGGCAUUGAAGGGGAAGGCCCUGGAUGUUGUGCGGAAUCGAUUACUUCUUCCAGAUAACGUACCAACAAUAAUUGAGAAGCUACGUCGUCGAUUCGGAAAUCCAGCGAUUCUGUCAACUAUGAUGGCCCAAAGGAUCCACAAGCUCGAAGGUCCAGAUUCGGAGAAUUUGGAAUCUGUCAUUGAGUUUGGAAGUGCGAUUGAGGAAUUCACGCAACAUCUGGAGGUUGCAAAGCUCACCGACCACUUGAAGAAUCCCAUACUCAUGCAGAGUCUAGUACAGAAGCUUCCAUCGUGCUAUGCUAUGCAGUGGGUAGAAUAUAAGCGUCGAGCGAAGACAGUAGACUUGAAAACCUUCGGAAAGUUUAUGGAGGACCUUGUAGAUAAGGCAUUAGAAGCAACGUUCGAGAAAUUGGACGGAUCAUCUUCCAAGAAGAGUGAAAAACCGAAAGCUAAAGGUUUCAUUUACUCGACAGAAGAAUCCUGUAAGGUUCCCGAGAAGCUGAAGUACGAUUUUGGUAAGAAGCCACAAACCCUCCAGAUACAACAUUCAUCGAAGAAGGAAGUUAGCUGCUCUGUCUGUCAAAUACCUGGACAUUUUGGCCGUAAUUGUAGAGAAUUUCGUAACAAGAGCCUGGAAGAUAGAUGGAGAAUCGUGAAACGUAGGGAACUCUGUCCGCUUUGUCUCUACAAUCACGGAAAUUCGCCAUGUAGGUCAAAUAUUCGCUGUGACGACAAAGACUGCAACGAACAUCAUCACCCGCUGUUGCACCCUGCUAUUCAUGAAGGGACAUCCAUAAUGGAAGCGCCGUGUAACAAUCAUCGUUUACCUAGCAGAACAGUUAUGUUUCGCAUAAUUCCUGUGACGUUAUACCACGACAGUGAAGAAGUGGAUACGUUGGCACUAGUGGAUGAAGGAUCAUCAAUUUCACUAAUAGAUUGUGAAGUAGCGAAGCUUUUACGAGUUGAUGGACCAUGCGAACCAUUGAAAAUGUGUUGGACGAAUGGAGUCAGUCGCACUGAAACCAAUUCUAAAAAAAUAGACUUGAUGAUUUCUGGAAGAAAUCAAUCGAAGCGUUUUGAUCUGCGAGCAGGGAGAACUGUCAGUAAACUUGACCUACCAGCUCAGCAUCUGGAUUCGAGACAGCUCAUUCAAGAGUUUCAGCAUCUUAAGGAUAUUGAAAUAUUGAGUUAUGAAUUGGAAGAACAGGAGAGCCAAUUGCUGUGA